GGCGACUUAAUUUUCGUGAUUAUUUAGCCUUAGUAAUUGGUGUGUUUGCCUUGCUUUUUGAAGGUUUACUUCGUAUAAUUACAUAUUGUUUGCCUGUUUUCGUUCUGAAUUAUUUUAAACAACAAAGUCAAAAGUUAUUUUCGAUGAGGUAUCAAGAUACUCGAACACACCCUGCCAAGGUUAUCCAAUGUUCAAAUACUUUUCAGGAAAUGGUUAAUUAUUGGGGAUAUACUAUGGAAGAACAUAUUGUAAAGACUCAAGACAAUUAUAUCCUCGGUAUUCAUCGUAUACCGACGGGAAAACUUCAUGGUAAUGAAGAAUCACGUAUAAAAUCUAUAUUCAAUGGUUGUGGAAUUCAUCUAUCGACCAUUCGAACAAGUUAUUCACGUUCAUCAAAAGAGGUAAGGCCGGUGGUAUUAUUGUAUCAUGGACUCAUGAUGUGUAGUGAGGUAUGGAUGUGUAAUUUGGAAGAAGAAAGACAAUUACCUUUUCUAUUAGCUGAUGCUGGUUAUGAUGUUUGGUUUGGAAAUGCUCGCGGUAAUAAGUAUUCUAUGAAGCAUGUCAAGUAUAAACCAAGCGAAAGUCGAUUCUGGGAAUUUUCCAUAGAUGAAUUUGCUCUCUACGAUUUACCGGAUACAAUCGAUUAUAUUCUCGAGACAACUGGUGCUCCCUCACUUUCAUAUAUUGGAUUUUCACAAGGAACUGCGCAAUCUUUUGGAGCCCUUUCAAUUAACCCAAAAUUAAACAAAAAGGUCAAUCUCUUUAUUUCUUUGGCUCCCGCUACUAGUCCAAAAGGUUUGCAAAAUCCUAUUGUCGACGCUUUUAUUAAAGCUUCGCCUAACAUUGUAUAUCUUUUCUUUGGACGUAAGGCAUUUUUGACAAUGACAAUGUUUUGGCAAAGAGUGUUAUAUCCGCCAAUUUUCACCGAACUUCUUGACAAGUGUAUGAACUUCUUAUUUGGAUGGAAAGGGAUGAAUAUCACAAAAGAGCAAAAGGCCGUAUCAUAUUAUCAUCUCUAUAGUUUCACGAGC